CAUUUAUACAUCCGGUGAAUAUCUGUCUCAUUGUUCUGUCUGUGGUAACAUUUGUAAGCCAAUUUUUGUGACAGCCACACUGAAUUUGCGGCAGCCAGCCAGUCUGUCCUCUGCUACCACUCGAGCAACGUUAAAGGGGCUCGUCUCAACAUAGGCCAAUGAUUUCCAGCUCAGCAUUUCUCAAAGGGACCCGUGCCGUCCAGUGCUUCAGACCGCUACACACCACACUCAUUGCCAACAUGCCUAUCAAGGUUGGAGAAAAACUUCCGGCAGUGGAGGUUCAUGAGAAUGAGCCAGGCAAUAAGGUGUCGAUGGACCAACUCUUCAAGGGGAAAAAGGGAGUUCUCUUUGCUGUGCCAGGGGCUUUCACUCCUGGGUGCUCCAAGACACACCUUCCAGGGUUUGUGGAGCAGGCAGCAGAGCUGAAGAGCAAGGGUGUGCAGGAGGUCGCCUGCAUCUCCGUUAACGACGCAUUCGUUAUGGCUGCCUGGGGGAAGGAGCAUGGAGCAGGCGGCAAGGUGCGAAUGCUGGCUGAUCCUACUGGUGCAUUCACUGAGGCAGUGGACCUGUUGCUAGACAACGAUCAGAUUGUUGCUGUGCUUGGAAACAAGCGCUCCCAGAGGUACGCUAUUUUGGUGGAAGACGGCGUUGUGAAGAAAAUCAAUGUGGAGCCUGACGGUACUGGUCUGACAUGCAGCCUGGCCUCUAACAUGCUCUCUGAGCUGGUGUAGGCCUGUUAGGACUAGCUCACUCCAACCAGACAGCAGAAGUCUAACCUUAAGUUACAAUGCACUGUCAUACUACUUCACCUGACCCUUGUCACAUGCCUGUGAAAAUAGAUGUGGUUCAAUGUAGACAUUGUAUGGUUCAUAAACUGUGAUUAAAGCAAAACAUGUAGACUGCAAA